UCAAAAUCCCGAAAAAGAAAUUAUUCCAUCUCUCUUCUCUCUUCUCUCUUACAUUAAAAAAAAUAAAAUAAAGCAAAUAUGGCUGCAGCAAACGGAGCUCUGAAAAUGGCGACUACCAGUCAAGCAUAUUUGGAAGGUGACAAGGUCAAAGAGACCAAGUCCUUAAUCGCUGAGCUUUGCCGUCAUUUCUACAAUCAGGGAUGGGUUUCCGGCACCGGCGGCAGCAUCACCAUUAAAGUACAUGAUGAAUCCGUUCCUAAAUCCGAACAACUUAUCGUUAUGUCUCCUUCUGGGGUGCAAAAGGAAAGGAUGGUGGAUGAGGAUAUGUAUAUUAUGUCAUCAGAUGGGUCUAUUUUAUCUGCACCGGUGGCUAAACCUACCCCUCAUAAACCUCCUAAGUGUUCUGAUUGUGCGCCUCUUUUUAUGAAGGCAUAUCUGAUGCGUAAUGCUGGUGCUGUUAUCCACAGUCAUGGAAUGGAAUCCUGUCUUGUAACGAUGCUCAAUCCACUAGCAAAAGAAUUUCGGAUCACUCAUAUGGAAAUGAUAAAAGGAAUUCAAGGGCAUGGUUACUAUGAUGAACUUGUGGUUCCUAUCAUAGAGAACACUGCAUAUGAGAGAGAACUCACAGAAUCUCUUGCUGAAGCUAUCAAAGCUUACCCGAAAACGACAGCUGUGCUGGUUCGCAACCAUGGUAUAUAUGUAUGGGGAGAUUCUUGGAUCAGCGCUAAAACACAGUCUGAGUGCUACCACUACCUCUUUGAUGCUGCAAUUAAACUACAUCAAUUAGGAAUUGACUGGACAACACCAGCUCAUGGUCCCAUUCAGAAUGCAAAAAUAUCUGCACUUGCUCCAAAUGGCAGCAUAAAGCCAUCAAGGCGGUGCAUCGUUUUGGAUAUCGAAGGAACUACUACUCCAAUAUCAUUUGUUACUGAGGUUCUAUUCCCUUAUGCACGUAAUAAUGUUGGGAGACAUUUGGAUGCAACAUAUGAUUCAGCAGAGACUCAACAGGAUAUUAAGUUAUUACGCGCUCAAGUGCAACAAGACCUGGAAAAUGGUGUUGCUGGUGCUGUGUGUAUCCCAGCUGAUGAUGCUGGGAAAAUGGAGGUAAUUGCAGCUUUGGUCGCUAAUGUUGAGGCAAUGAUUAAAGCUGACCGCAAGAUUACUGCCUUGAAAGAGUUACAGGGGCAUAUUUGGCAAACUGGGUUCCAAAACAAUGAGUUAGAGGGACUUGUUUUUGAUGAUGUACCUUCAGCUCUUGAGAAAUGGACUGCUUUAGGCGUCAAGGUGUACAUAUACUCGAGUGGCAGCAGAUUGGCACAGAGGCUUUUGUUUGGUCACACAAAACAUGGAGACCUGAGAAAAUUUCUCUAUGGAUUUUUUGAUACAACAGUGGGCAACAAGAGAGAAACAAAAAGUUAUGCAGAAAUUACUGCGUCGUUGGGUGUAGAUAAUCCAUCAGAGAUUUUGUUUGUGACAGAUGUCUAUCAAGAAGCCACAGCUGCAAAGGCAGCAGGUUUGGAAGUGAUAAUCUCUAUCAGACCAGGAAACGGACCUCUUCCAGAUAGUCACGAGUUCAGGACAGUCAAAUCAUUUUCGGAGAUCUAAAGAUGGGAUGUGUCAUGUAUUGUGUAACAUUAACUUAAUAAAAGUAGGUUGGGAGUUGAUUCAUCGUCGAAAAAGUUGAGCCAAAUGAGUCUCAUACUGCAGCUCUUAUCUUCAUGAUAGUGUUAGUCUUCUUUUUCUUGUUGUAUUGAGAUGUAAUAGUUUUUUUUAUCUUUGUGAGAACUAUUGUUGGUGAUUGAUGUUUUCAUUGUUCCAUUUUCAAAGGCAUGGCUCUUUUCUAAA